ACAUAUCUUCGUUUAUCUGUGCCACCACUAGUGCGAAGUUACCGCCUCUGUAGUUGAAAAUCGUUUGCUAAAUGCACUUUAUUUUUAUCAUAGGGGAUUUCAGAAAUUAGCAGAGGAUUAUUUUAUUGGUUUCCCUGAACCGUCGCGACACAGGCAAGUGGAAACUCCUUAUACCGAUAAAGUAUGUAUAUUGGAGACGUGUGAACUAUUUUACGUUUAUAUUAUUUUUCAGCUAACAAUUUUCUGAAAGAAACUGGACUGUCGAAAGAUUUGUAGAGGACUCGAUCGAGUAGGCAAUUAUCCGUUAUGGAUGCGUGACGUUGAUCGCAGUGCGGUGAUAUUACAAGGAACACGGGCAAAGCUGUAGCCUAAAAGGCAAUCUCAAGCUGUUGGAUGUGGUCUGUACAGGGCAGGGGUGAGGACUUGGACCUCAACUAUGAAAUGAAUCAGUCGUCCAACGUCUUCAUUUUUUUUCCCCAAAGACACAUCUAGUCAUGGGGUGAAGAGGAUGAGGUAGAGACUGCGGGGAUAGUCUAUAUGGGAGGGAACAUGGAAUUUUCUCUAUUAUAUCAUCUUUGACAAAAACUGCUUAUUAGUGGGAGACCAUUACAAGCCAUUUUGCCCGACCCCUUUCCCCUUUCCCUUUUUAGCAGGAGAGACAGACAACGUUUAGUGAUCAUUAAUACUUUAGGAAAUAAUCAAUGUAAUUGCACCACAACACUUGGCUGUUGAGAUCAUAACACAUCUCGACUGAAGUUAACAAGGAGAACACGGGUUUAUGACAAGUGCCACUGGUGUGUAUUCUCUUUAUUUGACUGAUCUUUUAUUACACAGUAUGUUUGCCUCUCUAUAAGAGAGAAUAAUAUUGAAUUGUCAAGAUGGCUAUGGUGCAUUUAUUGUUUCAGAUUUCAACUAUACCUCUCUGUCUUUUGUUUCUCUACCUUGAUCCAUCUCUCUUUUAUGGUUUGAUUUUGGUUGAUAAUUUGGAAUAAUGACACCUGACGCCCAAAGCCCUGGAUUUCAACCCUCCACCAUCCUUCAAGAUGCUGAAUUUAAAGACACUAAGUAUUCAGCUAACCCCAGUCAGUUGUACCACUUACUUGUUUUUCAACUUUGCACCGUUAUCUUGGUUUAGCCAUCUCUUAUGGACCUAGAACAAUUGCAGCCAACCCCAUCUUGCAUUGUGAUAUUUGAUAUGUAAUAAUUAGAGAAACUGUCGACACACUCUGUUGUGUCCCUUGACCUCUCUGAAUCUCUGAAAGGCUUUUUGCGUAAAGUAGAAAGGGACAAAAACAAUCUCCAAGUUCAUCUUCCUCCAGCCCCCCUGUCCGUCCUCCCCUCUCCCCCCCCACUCAUCAGGGCUGGUGGGGGGGUGGGAUCUGGAGCUCCAGGGUCGUAGCGGCGGAGGUGGUGGUACCCUGGAGCCUCCCUGGAGCAAGGCCUCCCACCAUGGAGACCAGCCCCGAGAGCCCCAACCGUGCCGUGGAGUACCUCCUAGAGCUCAACAACAUAAUCGAGAGCCAGGCCAAGCUGCUGGAGACACAGCGGCGGCGCAUCGAGGAGCUGGAAGGCCAGCUGGACCGAGUCAGCCAGGAGAACCAGGACCUGAGGCUGGAAAGACCCACUCCUCCACGAGCCCCGAAGCUCCCCGAACAGAACCAUAGCAACACCAACCACAGAUCAGAGAAGCCCCCCUCCCUGCCCAUCCACCCUGGCAGCAGUAGUGGAGGUAAUGGCAGCACCACCAGCCCGGUCACCGCCCCACCCCCUGCGGUGGUGGUGCCCCCUGCAGGGCCGAGCCGGGAGAGACGUGGCCACACUAGGCUGACCCGGGGCAUGUCCUGUGGCUCGAACCCAGCCGAGAGGGAGCAGCGGGAGAGACUGGAACACACAGACAGCUCGGAUACCAACAGCUCCACCAUCCGCAGAAAUGUCAGGCAGUCACCAUCUUACUCAAGCUAUCCAAUCUCUGCUCCCACAACCCCUACUGCAGCCAGCCCCUAUGCCACCCUCCUCCCCACCAGUCUGACUGUUAACAGCUUCUUCAGCCUCCAUCAGUACUGCUGCCCCUCGUCUGCCAAACACUCGCAGCAGGCAAGUGUGGAAGCAGAAACCCGAUGUGUGGAGCCGCCAGGGCCCCACAUAGACGGCCCUUACAGCCAGACCACAGCGUACCUGCGUGGCACCGAGCGCUACAGUGACAACAGCAGGUGUCCUGGUCCUCCAGGUCCCCGGGGACUUCCGUGUGUGGCCCCUCCCAGCUCGGCCAGCCUUGCCUGGGCACUGCGAACACGUCAUCAGCCUGCCAGUCUGGCCCUCCGCAAGCAAGAGGAGGAGGAGAACAAGAGGUGCAAGGCCAGUCUCUCUGACAGCUAUGAGCUCUCCACAGACCUACAGGACAAGAAGGUGGAGAUGUUGGAGAGAAAGUACGGUGGCUCCUUCGUGAGCCGCAGAGCAGCCCGGACCAUCCAGACGGCCUUCCGCCAGUACCGUAUGAACAAGAACUUUGAGCGCCUCCGCAACUCCGCGUCCGAGAGCCGCAUGACACGACGCAUCAUCCUGUCCAACAUGCGGCUGCAGUACUCAUUUGACGACCGCCAGGCGCAGCAGCAGGGGACCGGAACACAGACAAACUUCACACACAGUGUGGGUAUCGGCCCUCCUCAUUCACCUGACACAGAGCGGACAGGAGACUACACACACCUAGAAGACUCCUUCUCCAAACAGGUAAAGUCCCUGGCUGACUCCAUAGAUGACGCCCUGACCUGCCGUGGAGGACGGGAUGACUCCCAAGAGGGUAGCAGGGAGGGCGGAGGCAUCAGUGAUGACUUUGGGGAGUGUGUGUGGAGCAGCAGCAGUAACCCCUCAUCCCGCAGAGGCCUGGGUGAGAGAUCCCGAGGAGGUGGAGGAGGCCUCAGCAUGCACGGAGACAGCACAGCCACCUCCUACAGUGAUGUCACUCUAUACAUGGAUGACUGCAUGCCCUCCUCGCCCCUGUCUCUGGACCGGGCCCCCAGCAGCACAGACACAGAGUACUGGGGCCCCAGGGGAGGCGUGGGGGGCCGUGAGGACAGCAGGGAUACUGAGGGAGGGGGUAGUAGUAACAGCCGUCGCAGCACCCCCUGCACGGAGUGUCGAGACUACCGUCUAAGGGGCGCCCACCUGCCCCUGCUCACCAUCGAGCCCCCCAGCGACAGCUCCGUGGACACUAGCGACCGUUCAGACCGUGGCUCCCUCAGCAGACAGAUCUAUGAGCAGGAGCCAGCAGGAGGAGCAGGCUCGCCUCAGGGAACACUCAAACACUCCCCUAACACUCCCCGCCCUGUCUCCACAACAGCAGCGCAGGGCCAGACCCGGGCCCCUGGCCGGGGCCCCCCCCUGCCCACUCACAUCCCCCAUCACGUGGCACACCACCAUCACCACCACCCUCACCACCACCAGUACCCAGACACCCCCUCGUCAUCGUCCUCCCCCCAGCAGCCCCCCACCACCCCCCUGUCCUCCUCCUCCUCUGCUGCGCUGCCCCCUGGUGGCCUAGAGCAGCCCUGUCUAUCUGACGGGGACAACGACUCUCUCAACUCCACCACCAACUCCAAUGAGACGGUGAACUGCAGCUCUGGCUCCUCGUCUCAGGACAGCCUGAGGGAGCCCCUACCCCCUCUGGGCAAGCAGACCUACCAGAGAGAGAGUCGACACAGCUGGGACUCACCGCCAUUCAACAACGACGUGGUGCAAAGACGCCAGUACCGCAUCGGACUCAACCUAUUCAACAAGAAGCCAGAGAAAGGGAUCCAGUACCUGAUCGAGAGAGGCUUUGUGUCCGACACUCCGGUUGGGAUCGCUCGCUUCAUCCUGGAGAGGAAGGGCCUGAGCAGACAGAUGAUUGGAGAAUUCCUUGGUAACCGGCAAAAACAGUUCAACAAGGACGUACUAGAUUGUGUGGUGGACGAGAUGGAUUUCUCUGGGAUGGACCUGGACGAUGCUCUGAGGAAGUUCCAGGCCCAGAUCAGAGUUCAAGGAGAAGCCCAGAAAGUAGAGAGGCUCAUAGAGGCUUUCAGUCAGCGGUACUGUGUGUGUAACCCAACGCUGGUCCGCCAGUUCCAGAACCCAGACACCAUCUUCAUCCUGGCCUUCGCCAUCAUCCUCCUCAACACGGAUAUGUACAGCCCUAACGUUAAGGCAGAGAGGAAGAUGAAGAUAGAGGACUUCAUCAAGAACCUCAGAGGAGUGGACAAUGGCCAGGACAUUCCCAGGGAUCUGUUGGUUGGGAUCUACCAGCGCAUCCAGAAGUGGGAGCUAAGGACCAAUGAUGACCACGUGUCUCAAGUGCAGGCGGUGGAGAGAGUCAUAGUAGGCAAAAAGCCUGUGAUGUCUCUGCCACACCGCAGGCUGGUAUGCUGCUGUCAGCUCUAUGAGGUGCCUGACCCCAACCGACCCCAAAGGACAGGAGUACACCAACGGGAGGUCUUCCUGUUCAAUGACCUGCUGGUGGUGACUAAGAUUUUCCAGAAGAAGAAGACUUCUGUGACGUACAGUUUCAGACAGUCCUUCCCUCUAGUGGAGAUGCAAGUCCACAUGUUCCAGAACUCAUACUACCUCCACGGUAUCCGCCUGACCUCAGCAGUGUUGGGUGGGGACAGUAAGGUCCUUAUCGUGUUCAUGGCUCCCAGUCAGCAGGACCGCACCCGCUUUGUCAGUGACCUGAGAGAGAGUAUAGCUGAGGUGCAGGAGAUGGAGAAGUACAGAGUAGAGUCUGAGUUGGAGAAGCAGAAAGGGGUGAUGAGGACUGGCCUGCUGACCGGCUUGGUCGGAGGCGGAGUGGGGGUGAAGGGUGAGGUGGUGAACGGCACCCUGGGAAGGCCCAGUCUAGAUGACAACUACUCUGCAGGAGAGGGACUGAAACGCUCCGCACUCAGCUCAUCCCUCCGAGACCUAUCAGACGGAGGGAAACGUGGUCGCAGUAACAGUGUUGGCUCCCUCGACAGUACCAUGGAAGGUUCCAUCAUUAGCAGCCCCCGGCCCCACCAGUGUUACCCGGUUCCGGGCGUGAUCCCAGGCUGCUACCCUACAGAAGACUACCGGCCGCAUCGCCCCAUCCUGAGCCCCGGAACAGGGGUGGGGGGUGGGCCGGGGCAACAACAGACCGCUGCUGGGAUGGGAGUUGGAGGGGUUCCCAGCAGUGUAGAGAGAGCAGGAGUGGGGAGCGGCCCUGGGGGGGGCAAUACGGGCUCCUUCCUGGGCUCUCUAUUCGGCAGCAAACGCGCCAAACCGCCAAGUCCCCUUAUACCACCGGGGCCACCCUACCCCGCCCCUGUCCCCCCACCCACUACGGGAGGGCCCCCUCCUCACUCCCCAUCAUCUCUGUGCCAGUCAGAGGGGGGCCCUUCCAAGAUCCAGGCCCUGCAUGCUCAGUACUGCCACACAGCCGUCGUGCAGCCCCCUCCCCCCUACUACCAUCACCAUCGCUACCACGUCCAAGCUGGCCCUCCUCCCUUGCCAGGCGGGGGCGUGCCCCCUCAUAUCCUUCAGAGAGGGCCGCUCCCCUGUCGCCCUCCUUUUGGCCCCCCUCACGCCCAGCUCCAGCAGCUGGCCCAUCUCUCCCAGUUUUCCCAGCAUGGCAUGCAGGGUCGCUACGGCAACAUAGCGGUGGGCUGUCCUCCCCCCCUUUCUCCUCACUCCCAACAUUCCCAGAACCCCCAGUUCGCCCUGUACCACACGCAAACCCCACAAUCUAUCAGGGGAGGCGCUGUGCCAAGCAAACCUCCUCUGACUUUGUCUCACUCCCACCCGCACCCCCACGCUCACUCCCACACCCACCGGCACCCACUCAGUGCCGCGCCACACCCCACCGCCCACCCACAUCAGUCUCACUUCAUUUUUGGCACGCUGCCCCACCAACAUCAGCACCAGCAGCCGCCCGCCUCCGUCAACGCCCAUCACGCUACGUCCGCCGCCCAGUAUCAGCCCCAGUACCCUCCUCUCUCUUCCAUCCCCCUCCCCCCCACUCCCCUUUACCCCCCUUCUAUCCCCCUUACCCCUCUUACGCCUCUCUGCCCUCACCCCCCCCAGCACCCCGGGCAGCCUCAGCAGGGGCCCCAGGUGACGGGGGCUGGGGCGACUGGCACAGGGGUCAGCUCCAAAUCCAAACCUAUCAACCGGAUCAGCACGGUAGUGUGAGGAACAGAACAUGGGGGCACCGAGGGCAGAGGUCAGAGGGCACGAUGGAGGAAGUGGGCAGAGCUAGGGCCAGGGCUUGUAGAGGUGAGCAGGACAGCAGCAGCAGUAACAACAGCGCCAGUGACAAAAAGAAACGCAACUUAUUUCGCCUCUGCUACUUUCAUCUCCGCUUCCCACACAUGUAGACAGAGAGACCAGAAGAGAGAGUUGGAGCUGGAUAGCAUGCAUAUACCUGAACAUACAAACAUACCUUCACACAUACAGUACAGGACACACAGGCAGAAUCAACACACAUAAAGCAAAAAACGCCCACAUGUAUGCACACAAAUAUGUUUGUGUAUAGUAUAGGCAAAGGCUAGCACAAUCAUGUAUAUAACACAUACACUCAGUGGUCAGUUUAUUAGGUACACCCAUCUAGUACUGGGUCGGACCCCACUUUGCCUUCAGAACAGCCUGAAUUCUUCAGGGCAUGGAUUCUACAAGGUGUCGGAAAUGUUCCACAGGGAACAGAUUGGACGGCAGUACAUUGGGUUUGGUCAACAAUGUUCAGAUACACUGUGGCGUUCAGUCGUUGCUCAAUUAGUUUAAAGGGACCUAACGUGUGCCAGGAAAACAUUCUCCACAACAGUACACCACUACCACCAGCCUGUACCGUUGACACCAGGAAGGAUGGAUCCAUGGGCUCAUGCUGCUUAUGCUAAAUCCUGACUCUCCCAUCAACAUGACGCAACAGGAAUCGGGAUUCGUCAGACCAGGCAUUGUUUUUCCACUCCUCAAUUGUCCAGUGUUGGUGAUCGCCCACUGUAGCCGCUUCUUCUUGUUUUUAGCUGAUAGGAGUGGAACCUGGUGUGGUUGUCUGCUGCAGUAGCCCAUCCGUGACAAGGAUCGACGAGUUGUGCAUUCCGAGAUGCCGUUCUACACACCACUGUUGUACAGCCCCGUUAUUUGUCUGUCUGUUAGCUUGCCUUCGACCUCUCAUCAACAAGCUUUCGCCCAACAAGUUUUAGCCCAGAGGACUGCAGCUAACUGGAUGUUUUCGCACCAUUCUCUGUAAAACCUAGACACUGUAGUGCAUGAAAAGCCCAUGAGGGAGGCUGUUUCUGAGAUACUGGAUCCGACGGGCCGAUCAUACCACGCUCAAAGUCACUCAGAUCACUAGUUUUGCCCAUUCUGUUCGAUCAAACAGUAACCAAAUGAAUCGAUGCCUGUCUGCCUACUUUAUAGAGCAAACCACAGCCACGUGACUCGCUCUCUGUAGAAACUAUACAUUUUUCUGAACGGGUGGUGUACCUAAUAAACUGGCCACUGAGUGUAUACUGCAGUUGUAUAGAGUUUCCGUUGCAGUUUCUCAGGUGUAUUCUAUAAGCUCUCAGCACACAAACUCAUAAGGGAGAGUCACAGGUAGGAGCAAUGAGGUAGAUUGUUGAAGUUGGCAGCAGGCAGGAAAAAGCAUCACACACACACACACAAUUAACCAUUUAUAUAGCCAUAGAACGGAUGCUAGUAGUAAAUGUACAGUAGAGGGCCUAUAACCCAGUGUUUCACUGUCUGAAGUAUUAUUGGAAACUCUGGACACUGCCAAGACAUGAGCUUGAAACUGUUUUAAACACAGGUACCAACAUGUAAUUGUGCAACGUUAUUAAUUGGACAAAUCUAGUCUCUCGUAAUGAAGGAAGCAACCAAGAUUUGGUUCUCUGUCGUGGAGAUUCGGAUAAUGCUGACCAAUAGUAAGAGCAACCCCACCCACCUGGAGCUGAAACAGUCUUCAACGAUAAAUACAUUCCAGCGGGGUUGUGCAUUGUAAACAGCCAUUGAAGAUAGUUGCAAAAAAUGUCUCUUGACUUUGCAAUAAUUUAUUCAGCUUAAUGUCUUUGUUCAUUUCCAUGGCAGGUCUUCAUCACUGAAAGGUAUCCUUUUUGAAUGUAGACCUCAGAGAAAUGUUGCUUUGUCUUAAACUUUUAUGACUAUUGCACGGUUCAAUAGCAGUCUUAGGCUCUAUGGUCUUCUACAUGUUAAGAGAAGUCAUCUAAUUUCAUAAGAUUUACAUGCAUUCCCUAUGGGGUGUGUGGAUUAAUGAUACUACAAAUCAUAUUUUUGAAUGUUUUUAAGCUUUUUUUUGCUGUUGAAUAAAUGUUACAUAUAUACUUGCUAUGAGUAUGAUGAAUAUUGUCUAAUAACAUAACUGUUUUGAUCCAGUGAUUAAUUAUAUAUAAAUAAUUGAUUGAUUAGAUGUUUGAUUAUAAAUGAUUAUACAGAGGAUAUAUACACAUGUAUUAAUUCCCUCAUACUUUUGAUAUGUAACGAGGGUGUUAUAAAGUGUGAUUUCUUUUUGUUCUCUAUGAUGAUUGCCAUCGAUAACUUCUAUUAUCAGUUAUUAUUAUUGAUUGUUGAAAAUAUUAGUUCAUAUUUAUGAUUAUUUUUUGUUAUAAUAUAGUUGUGUACCCUCUCUAUCUCCCUCCCUCUCUUCUGAACUUACAGUGGCAGUGUCUAAAAAUGGGGUCAUUGGAUUCUAAAUUCACCUUAACAGAUUGGUGACCAUUUUAAAUUAUGUCUAUGUAGUCUUAUAUGUUUUGAAUCAACUCUUUCCAGACCCCUUCGAAAUAUCCUCUUAAGGGCUUUGACCUUUGACCUGGUCAUGUACAAUGACCCUCAUUUAAUCGGUGACCCUGCCGUUUAUGUUCUCUCUAUUAUCAGGAGACUCGCUUACAAGCAUCAGGUCUUGUUGAGAGUGUCUCACAUGGUGUGUGUUUGGACAGUAUAUGUCUUUGAACAAGCACGCUUUGUAAUGCAGUUUUGUGAUUUUGCACACGUGGUGUCUUAAAGUCAGAAAUGGCAUUAUUUUAAAAACGCUACUCCCAUACCCCAUUGCCAGUCCUCAGAGAACUCACCACCACUCAAAUACCCUUCACCCCAGCAACCUUACUGAAUGUGCUUGUCAUUAGAUCAAACAAGUUUGCUCAUCUUCUCCUCUAUCAUCUCUGUCGACCCCCUUUUGAACCUCCUCUCUCUGUCCUUCUAUUGCACUGUGUUAGAACAAUGCUGGGUUUGAGAAGGGACAAAAGGGAAUGAUUACAUUUUAGGAUGGUAAGAUGUAGUUAGAAAUGUUAGACAAUACUUGUUCAAACUAAGAUACAGAUUGAAUAGGAGUAUGUGUAGUCAGGGAAAAAUAAGAGGUUUCAGGGGUGGUUAAUGUUGAAGCUUUGUGUUGGCUAUUUCCUGUCUAAUUUCCUCUGUAUUGUACCUUUGUGACCCCUCUUGCAUGAAUAUAUCUGCACUUAUUGAAUGGAUUGUACUGUAUAAACAUGAAUGUACAUAUUAUAUUACAAAUACUUCAUAACUUUGGAAAUAAAUAUUUCCAUUUUGUUAUUAAGGUGUGUGCGUGUGCGCGUGUGAGCGUGCAUGCCUGCGUGUGUGAGAAAGAAAGAGGAGCAGGGGGACUUUGUUCCGAUUGAAUAUUGAAUUAUUUUUAUUUUAGACUGAAGGUUAGAUAAUAAAUUGAAGAACUGAAAUGUUUGUAUGUCAGAGCUCUAAUUGAUAUUAUUUUAAACAUACAACAAGUAUGAUCCUAAGAAUUUAAUUUGUGUAUGUAGUAAGUGUAAACUGAAAGAAUAGAGAAUUGAGAUGUGAGUAUUUAUUGCUUUUGACAUAUUAAAAAGUGUCCUUGCAGUGAA